UGCCUUAACACUGCAACGCAACUCAAAGGCGUUUGGAAAAUCGCUUGGAUUGCAGCAUUGUGCCCAGGCUCAGCAGCAGCUCCCCCCCCGGCUGCUCACACUGGAGCAGCAGCGGGAGGCCGGGGUUAUACCUGCCCGCUGUACCUCUGGCUUGGGGGCAUGCAAAUAGUGCUGGCCGGAGCAACCAAUCGGGAGCAAGCUGCAGGAGUUUGGGGGAUCCCCCCCCCCUUCCCCUUAAUCCGCCGCCCCCCACCAGGGAGAGUUCGCAGCCGCCUGGUCGCAGAGCGCGGUGACCAGAGCCGGGGCACAUGCUGCCUCCUCUUCUCCGGGGGCUGCCUUUACUGCUCUCGCCUUCUCGCCGCUUGUCCACCGCUAUCCCCUCUUCCAGCUGUGCAGGGUGACACGCUCUGCGCACGGGUAACGCUCUCCCUCCCUCUCUGCUUCUGCGUGUGCUGCUCCCUCUCCUUGCUAGGACACCCUCGCGACUCUCCAGCUGGCCUCUGCCUCUCUGCUGGCUUUGAGGUGGUUUCACUCGGCCGGACUCCGGCUCUUCCUUCUCCUCCGGCUGCCUCCUGUAAAUCAGAAAAUCGACUCAUCAGAUAAUCCACCAGGGAGCUGGGGAGCUGCGGCAAAUUGUAAUACCGCUCCACUUCUCCCCCCUCCCUUCUUCCCUGCCUCCCACAAAGUCGGACAUAAACCCUGUGAAGAGGCAGCAACUUGCAACCCACAACCAUACAAAGAACUGGGGCAGUUCAGGGCACAGCCCAUUCAGGACAGGCAGCAGCAACAGAAGCUAAUAAACAGGAAUAAAUAAAGAGUGUGAAUAGGCUGCUCCCUCGGUGUGUUUGGGACAGUGAAGUGGAUGGAGAAGAAAACCGGGAUGCGACUGAGCCACAUUUGCUGCAUUUUUUAUCAGCUUUGUUUCCUCUCAACUGGGAUCAUUUCAGGUCUGCAUGCAUCAGGAGACUCUGAGGAGUGGGAGAUCAUCUUCCCAGCACUGUGGAGCAGAGGCCAGCAGGAGCCUGCAGGAGGCAGUGGUGGUGGAGGCAGCUGCAGUACUGAUCCCAGCUGUGGAAACAGCAGCAGCAGCAGUAGCAGCAGCAGCACCAGUGCUCCUGGUACACCUAGCCAGGUGGCAGGCAGCUCCCGCGAGGUUCGCUCGGUCUCCUCCCCAGUAGACAGACAACCACAGCCAGCUGGGGAGGUAGCAGAGGAGGAGGAUGCGGAGGAUGAAUACGAGUCUCAGGAAUUCUAUCACUGGUCUCCCCAUCCUCAGGGAUCUGGCGCUGCUUCUCAGUUACCGCCGCCACCUUCCCCACCACCGCCACCGCCAUCAGAGGAUGGGGAUGAGGUGUUGCUGAGGAUCCCGGCCUUUGCCCGGGAGCUCUACCUGUUGCUCAAGAGAGACAGCCGCUUCUUGGCACCUGGCUUUGCAGUGGAGGAGCGGCUCAGGGGUGAGGGGAAAAGCCCCGCCGGUGCUGUCCAUUCUCGGCCUGAGAGAGCCUGUUACUACAGUGGCACUGUGCUUCGUUACCCAGGCUCCUUCGCUUCUUUCAGUACCUGUGUUGGAUUGAUGGGCUUUAUACAGAUUAACGAGGACUUCAUAUUUAUUGAGCCACUCAAUCACACUUUGGCUGUGACAGGUCAUGCGCACAGGGUGUACAGACGAAAAAGGUCCAUAGAGGAGAAAGUUACUGAAAAGCUAGCUCCUCAUAACCAUUACUGUGGUGUUGUUACAGAUAAAAGAAAAUCCAGGAAUCAAAAACUAGGAGGAAGAGGAAGAAAAAAAAGAUACUCCUAUAAAUUACCUCAGGAGUACAAUAUAGAAACUGUAGUGGUUGCAGAUCCAGCUAUGGUUUCAUAUCAUGGAGCAGAUGCUGCCAGGCGAUUUAUUUUAACCAUCUUAAAUAUGGUUUUUAACCUUUUCCAGCACAAGAGCCUUGGAAUUCAAGUGACUCUUCGAGUGACUAAGCUUGUUCUACUUCAUGAGACUCCAGCAGAUAUGUAUAUUGGGCAUCAUGGGGAAAAAAUGCUGGAGAGUUUCUGCAAGUGGCAACAUGAGGAGUUUGGCAAGAAGAAUGAUAUACAUUUAGAAAUGUCAACAAGUUGGGGAGAAGAUAUGUCAUCAGUAGAUGCAGCCAUACUGAUCACAAGGAAGGAUUUCUGCGUACAUAAAGAUGAACCAUGUGAUACUGUUGGUAUAGCAUAUUUGAGUGGAAUGUGCAGUGAAAAAAGAAAAUGUAUUAUUGCAGAGGACAAUGGUCUGAAUCUCGCAUUUACCAUUGCCCAUGAGAUGGGUCACAACAUGGGAAUAAAUCAUGACAAUGAUCACCCAUCCUGUGCAGAUGGUCUCCAUAUCAUGUCUGGAGAAUGGAUUAAAGGACAGAAUCUUGGUGAUGUUUCAUGGUCCCGGUGCAGUAGGGAAGAUCUAGAAAGAUUCCUCAGGUCAAAGGCCAGUAACUGUUUGCUACAUACAAAUCCCCAAAGCCUCAAUUCUGUGAUUAUUCCCUCCAAACUGCCAGGAAUGACGUACACUGCAAAUGAACAGUGUCAGAUUCUCUUUGGACCAAUGGCUUCAUUUUGUCAAGAAAUGCAGCAUGUUAUUUGCACUGGGUUGUGGUGUAAGGUGGAAGGUGAGAAGGAGUGCAGAACUAAACUGGAUCCACCAAUGGAUGGAACAGACUGUGACACUGGAAAGUGGUGUAAGGCUGGAGAAUGUACCAGUAGAACAUCUUUUCCUGAAUAUCUGGACGGGGAGUGGAGCACAUGGAGCACUUGCAGCAGAACUUGCAACACUGGAAUCAGCAGUCGACAGCGCGAAUGCACUGGGCCAGGUCCUGAAGGAGAUUGUCAUGGACCCAGAAUACAAUACAAAAUAUGUGAGAAUCCUUCUUGUCCUGCUGGAAUGCCUACGUUCAGGGACUGGCAAUGUCAGGCCUUCGCUGUCAGACCUUCAUAUCAGAAGCAUGUAUUCCAGUGGCAGGCUGUUAUAGAUGAAGAAAAGCCUUGUGCAUUAUAUUGUUCCCCUGUUGGAAAGGAUCAGCCUAUUCUUUUAACAGAAAAGGUGAUGGAUGGGACAACUUGUGGUCAGCAUGGAUUAGAUAUCUGCGCAAAUGGUAGAUGCCAGAAAUUUGGCUGUGAUGGAAUAUUAGGAUCUCUGGCACGAGAAGAUCAUUGUGGUGUCUGCAAUGGUAAUGGAAAAUCAUGCAAAGUUAUUAAAGGCGAUUUUAACCAUACCAGAGGAGCAGGUUAUGUGGAAGCUUUGGUGAUACCUGCAGGAGCAAGAAGAAUCAAAGUUGUGGAAGAAAAACCAGCUCACAGCUAUUUAGCUCUUCGAGAUGCCAGCAAACAGUCCAUUAAUAGUGACUGGAAGAUAGAACAUUCAGGAACAUUCAAUAUUGCUGGGACUACUGUCCAUUAUGUUCGGAGAGGUCUCUGGGAGAAAAUCUCUGCCAAAGGUCCCACAACAUCACCUUUACAUCUACUGGUGCUGCUUUUUCAUGACCAGAAUUAUGGUCUGCAUUAUGAAUAUACAAUACCACUGGACCCUCUUCCUGAGAAUCAGAGCUCAAAAGUGCCUGAACCUCUUUUUAUGUGGACGCACUCAGGUUGGGAGGACUGUGAUGCUGUAUGUGGAGGAGGAGAAAGAAAGACAACAGUAUCUUGCACAAAGAUUAUGAAUAAGAAUAUCAGUAUUGUGGACAAUAAGAAAUGCAAAUAUUUAACAAAGCCUGAGCCACAGGUCCGAAAGUGCAAUGAACAACCGUGCCAGACAAGAUGGAUGAUGACCGAAUGGACUCCUUGUUCAAGGACAUGUGGAAAAGGAACCCAGAAUAGACAAGUUGCCUGUACACAGCAGCUCAGAAAUGGAACCUUGAUUAGAGCUAGGGAAAGAGAUUGUCUUGGGCCAAAACCUGCUUCUGCACAGCGCUGUGAAGGCCAGGAUUGUAUGACUGUGUGGGAAGCUGGAGUGUGGUCUGAGUGUUCUGUAAAAUGUGGCAAAGGAGUACGACAUCGGACUGUGAGGUGCACCAAUCCCCGAAAGAAGUGUGUUUUGUCCACAAGACCUAAAGAAGAGGAAGACUGUGAGGACUAUUCCAAAUGCUAUGUCUGGAGAAUGGGAGACUGGUCUAAGUGUUCCAUUACCUGUGGCAAAGGAAUGCAGUCUCGAGUAAUCCAAUGCAUGCACAAGAUCACAGGAAGGCAUGGCAAUGAAUGUUUUUCCUCAGAAAAGCCUGCAGCAUACAGACCCUGCCAUCUUCAACCCUGCAAUGAGAAAAUUAAUGUAAACACAAUCACAUCACCCAGGUUAGCUGCUUUAACAUUCAAGUGCCUAGGAGACCAGUGGCCUGUAUACUGCAGAGUGAUACGAGAGAAGAACCUCUGUCAGGACAUGAGAUGGUAUCAACGUUGCUGUGACACAUGCAGGGACUUUUAUGCGCAAAAAAUGCAACAAAAGAGUUGACCUCUGUCAGGCUGGCAGGCUCUCAGCUCUUUGCAAUCUCAUUAUUUAUACACACACACACAGACACACACGCGUGCUUCUUCAGACCAAAUAUUAUCAGAUUACAUAUAAUUUAAUCAAAUUUAAUUUAUUUUUGCCUGCCAGACAUGCUUUAUUGUUUUGGUUAGACAGCCUUUGUGUUUUAUUCUCUGAGGUUUUCAUAAUUUUUAUAUGAACAAUUUUGGAUACAUAUAUCAGAAUUUUUUUAAAAAAUAGUAUUUUAAAUGUUUAUGUUCAGUAGGGUCAUCUCUCUGUUGCCAAAAAAGCCCUCAUGUUAUCUUGAAUUUAUUUUAAUUUAGCUGAAUAGUUUUGCUGUAUUUGGAAAUAAAGCCAAUUUUUUUUAUUUUAAUUUUUUGGCAUUCAGAGUCAGAAUGACCUUGUUUAUUUUGCAACAGAUGUUGAGGUGCCUAAGCUAACAUUGUUGAACAGGUUAUUACAGAAUGUAUUGUGAAAUCAGUUUCUCUUUGGUUUAGAGACAUACUGUAGGAGAGAAUCUACUGUAACAUAUAACCUAUGAUGAACAAAAAAAAUCAAAAUAGCGAACUAGGGAUUUUGAUCGUGCUCAUGAACACAUACUUGAACACAAGUAUUGAAUCAAUGAAACACUGUAGAGAUUUACACUGAAUCACUCACUGUUGCACUGUUUGAGGUAGUUUAGAGAAACACAAAUUCUAGAAUUUGUAACAUCCUAUGAAACCACGUCUGUACUGUUUUAACAUGUCACUUGAUUUUAAAUGUUUUCAGCAAAAGACCCAUGCCUCUUUAUGCCUUUGUCUGUCCUCUUUGCAGUUCUACAGAUGGAAGAGUCCUUUUUCCUGCCAUUUGUAUGCGUAAUCUGUUAAACAUUUUCCAGUUCUUUGAUGAUGACUUAGAAGAUAGCUUUGUGAUACUGCUUUCAUUUCAUCUUUGUUUUAUGAAAGUCUUUAUACAAAAAAAAGUUUUACAAUUUUGUGAAACAUUAUGAAACAACUAAAAUUUUCCUUAUGAGAAAAUAUUGUACAUGAUUCACAUGAUUUUUACAUUUUCAAUAAAAAAGUAAAACCUC